UAUUCACUGUUGAAGUCCCUUUUUUAGGUUUUUUGGUCUCUCAUCAAACCGCUCAGAAAAAAGAAGAAAAGAAAGUUCUCAAUUAAGCUCUCUCCUCGGUCGGCUAAUCAAUCUUUCGUUUUCGGAAUUAGCACGAAUCUCACUCCAUUUUCCGUGACAACACAAUCGAAGAUGGCUGAUGCUGCGGACUCUGAUACCUUCGUUGUUCUCAAACGAAGAAUCACAGAGAUCGAGGAAACUGUCCAGCAACAACCAGAGUCUUCCUCCGACUCCCUCUAUUCUAUUAUCGUACCGGCAGAAUCGCAACCAUCGCCCGUGGUUGUUUCUCCUCCAAAAGAAGAGCAAGAAAGCAUGCGCAGUUCCCCCAAUUUCUUAAAGAAGGUCAAGUGUUCUUCUAGUGCGUCUGAGUGCACUACUGGGGGAGCUCAAGAACUGGGUUUUGAAGAAAACGAAGAGAGAGUCGAUUCUGUGAGGAGCAGGAUCACUGGUUGUGAUACCGAGUGUGGGUCUGGCGGAAGUCAAAGGAAUAGUGAUAGCUUUGCAAGAAAGAUCGAAAAUCUCGGUUCUGAUGUUGAAAAAAAGGACAAUUUUAAUAUGGGUUUAGUUUCUGAUGGUGGGCUAAAGAUAGAAGAAGUUGAAGACAGUGCCAAUGGUAUGAAAAGAGAGAAAGGUUUUGUGGAAACUGAAGUGGGUUUCUGUGGAAUUCAAGAAUUUUGCAAUAAAGUCGUGUCAAGAGAGCUGAAAAUCGAGGAAAAUGAGAAAUGUGAAGGAAAAGUUGAGAUGGAUUAUUCAAUGGAAGGUGACAAUGUGGGGGGCUGUGCUACUUCUUCAUUGGCUCAUCUUGCUGAAGAGGAGGAGUUGUUGGUAGGGACUGGAGCAGAAUCAGGGGGUAUUUUGGAAGCCAAAAAGAGGCAACUGUUGGCAGAACUCAAAGGAGGAUUAAUCUUUGAAAACAGAAACAAUGUGAAUAACGUUACUGGUUCUGAGAAUACCAGUGUCAAGAAUGAUGUAUACAAAGCAAUUGAUGGUACUGCUGUAUGUUCCAUCAAGAUUGAUGGUACAGCAUUGAUUGAAGCAGUUCAAAUCCCAAAAAGUGGUAAUGGCAAUGGAAAGAAUGUGGAGAGGAAUGGGAAGAAGAAUGAGAAACAAGAUGGAGCUUCCAAGAAGCCAAGAAGGACACGAAAGAAGGCAAAAGAUGUCAAAAUGGGUUCAGACAUGAGUGUGAGGCAAAGGAACAUGACUCAGUUCGUGGUACCUCAGAAAGAUGGGAAUGGAAUUAAAAUAAUGUACUCCAGAGAGGAGAUGGAGGCCUUAAGGUUUGCUAAUAUCAUGGAACAACACCUGGUGUGGAGAGAUAUAUACACUGGGUUUGCACCUGAUCUGGUGAAGGAAUAUGAUGAGUUGGCAAGAAUGAAGCAUCCGAAGAAUAUCCACUCCAAUUUUAAUCCUGACAGACACUUUGGAAGGAAGACAGAAGUCCCUGUGUUCCGUCGAGAAACAGGUCCUCAAAACGUGGAUAAUGAAUUAAAAAACACUGAGGAAGAUGAACUGGAAAAUUUAAAUGCCUUGGAUGCAAGUGGUGGUCUCAGCUUUGAAGUUGAAGAUGCCUACAAUUAUGUUGAGGAAUACACUGAAGAUGAAGACAGUGAUGAAGAUUAUGCUAGCAUACAGAGACCGGCUUUCCUCGUAGAAGGAGAACCUGAUUUUGAUUCGGGGCCUCCAGAAGAUGGAUUAGAAUAUCUAAGGCGUGUCAGGUGGGAAGCUGCAAACAUUCCAAAAGUAAAGGUGGCCAAACUUGACGGGAGUAAACUUACUAAGGAGCAAAGUGUUUAUAUGCCCCAGAUUCCUGAUAUUGCCAACUGUGCUGAACACCUGCUGCCCUCAAAACACUGGGAGGAUUCAUUUCUUGCUGAUUUUAGCAAUCUACGACUGACUCUGUCGAGUCUCGACGGUUCUAGUGCUAAAGUUUCUGGUAACCUGCAAUCUAUUAUUGAAGUCCAGAAGCAGCAACAAUCUGUUCAGCUCCCCGAGGAUAUUACUUUCACAAAAUUGAAGGACCUUGGAACCGAUGAUGCCGAUUCUUAUCAGCAUAUAGAUAGCUCAAGUCGCAAUAACUCUGUUACCCAGCCACCUAGAUUGCCUAAUGAAGAUGUUGAAAUUAAAACCACUCCAUCUCUGAGCAUUUCAGCUCCUAGUAAAUAUCCCAUUGUUAAUUUAUCUGGAAACGACCCGACAUUAUCCACAAUCCUAGGAAUGGACUAUGUUUCUCGUGCUUCAACGCUGAGGAAACGUAUAAGCUUGAUAGAGAGCAUGGACGAACUGUCAAGGAAUGAUUGUUCCUGGCUCUUUGCUCUAUGUGCAGCGGUCGACACUCCACUGCAUGCCGACACCUCUGCUGCUCUCCGUUCUCUGCUUCGGAAGUGUGCGAACUUGCGAGCAGGGAAGUCUGAACUUGAUGAUGAGGUUGCCAUGCUGAAUAUCCUGGCCACAAUUUCUGGCAAGUAUUUUGGGCAGUCUGAAAGAUGAAAUCUGGAUGUUUGCUCAACAUUUUUGCUUUUAUGACAAUUACAGUAUAACUUGAAGACGAUGUAUGGAAUUUUGACUAAACUUUUACCGCUUGUAUUUACAAGGUUUCUGUUGAUUUUCAUGUUCCUUUCGUUGCUGUUGAAGCAUUAAGGUUUCCCAUCCUUACAAAUGCUGAUGGACCAAUAUACUUUGUGCGUGUUCCUUUGUGUUUGAAUUAUACUGUUAAUAUUGUUCC